AUGGAAUCAGAGAGUGAUGUCGAGAUUUUUAAGACUCAGAGUUCUUUCAGAACCCCCAGCGAUAAGUCCGAUAAUGACACUGAUACUAUUUUGAAUGACAUUCUUGAUCUGGAGAACUCAAAUGCAAAUUUUGAAUUACGCGCUACUCCUUUAUUCGUAAAAAAUCCUACGUUUUCUGACAUAUCGGACUUUGAAGGUGAUGACUUGUCAUUAAUAAAGGCUUCCCAGGAGAUUGAAAACAGGGCGUUGACAAAAGAAUGUGUUUCAACUCGUUUUUCAAAACCCCUUCAAGAGGCGGAUCUAAAGAGGUUAGUCCAGUCUACGAAAUCCAAAAACACCGAAAAUAAAGCUAAAUGGGCUGUGAAUUUAUUUGAUGAUUGGAAAGAAAAACGAAACAAAAGUGUGCAGAUUACGGAAGAACCGAAUUCGACUUUUGUAGUGGGGGAACUUAUGAAAAUGGACAAUAUGUCGUUAGAUAAAGCUAUGCAGUUUUUCAUCGCUGAAGUUCAUAACAAAUCCGGCGGAGAAUACCACCCGAACACUCUCUAUGAAAUUGUCAUUUCUAUACAACAUUUUCUGCGAGCUAGCGGGAGGUUUGUUAGCUUUCUUGAUGAUACCGACUUUGUUAAUAUGCGAUCAGUAUUAGAUGCAAAAAUGAAAGAAUUAUCAAGAAGGGGAAUCGGGAUCAAUCGUAAGCAAGCAGAUAUUAUUUCAGUGGAACAGGAAAACGAGAUGUGGGAGCGUGGGAUUCUCGGAACUGACACUGCCAAAAAGUUGGUCGAUACUUUGCUAUACAGUAUCGGAUUAAACUUUGCUCUCCGUGCCGGGCAAGAACAUCGGAAUCUUCGAAUUGGUACCAAUUCUCAAUUAUCACUACACAUCUCCAAAGAUGAUGGGAGACGGUACCUCCAAUACACUGAGGAUGUAUCGAAAAGCAACACUGGAGGAUUAAAUCAUCGCAAAAUUGCGCCAAAAGUCACGAGGGCAUAUGAAAAUGUGGAUGAGCCUGAACGUUGCCUUAUUAAAAUAUUUGAGAAAUAUAUCAGUUUAAGACCACCUAAUGGAAAAUCGACGGCGUUGUAUCUACGACCCAAACAGAGGGCUACGGAAACAGUAUGGUUCGACGACGUGCCGAUAGGCGUUCAUCAGCUUCAGCAAGUUGUUGGAAAAUUGUGUAAAGCAGCUGGAUUUCACGGGAAUUUUACCAACCAUUCUUUAAGGGCUACCGCCGCUACAAGACUGUAUCAAGCCGGUGUUGAUGAACAACUUAUUGUAGAAAAGACGGGGCAUCGCUCGAAUGCGGUCAGGGCCUACAAACGUACAUCAACGGAGCAGAUGAAGGAAGUGAGUGAUGUUGUGCAAUCUAAACUGAAGAAGGUUUCCGCUGAAAACGACGGAGCUGCUGCUUGUGAAAAGAAUAGUGCUUCCAGGGAAAUAAAUAUCACUGCUGGCAAUGUGUCUGUACAUGUGCGUUUGUGA